GUGGGAGCUGGUGUCCCGCUGCAAGGCUGUAGAUGGUCCGGUGGAUGAGUACAUGCUGCCGUUUGAGGAGGAGGCCGGUCAGCACCCGUCCCUGGAGGACCUGCAGGACGUCGUUGUCCACAAGAAGCUGAGACCGGUCUUCAAAGAGCUCUGGCUCAAACACAGCGGUCUGGCUCAGAUCUGUGAGACCGUGGAGGAGUGCUGGGACCACGACGCCGAGGCUCGAUUGUCGGCCGGCUGCGUGGAGGAGAGGAUCUCGCAGGUCCGCCGGCUCAACGCCACCAUCGCCCCGCCUACCUCUGACCACAACCACCACGCCCUGCUGGUCUCCACCCUGCCCCCUGUUCCCAUGGUUACCAACGUAGACCUACCGCCCAAAGAGUCCAGUAUAUGAGGAGCGAGUCCCAAAACAAGACAAACGAAAAACUUUAUUUGCAGGCCUGACGUUACCGGAGAUCCUCCUCAAGUUCGGUUCUCCUUCUUCCUGUGAAUUCAACCGAACACACACACACACACACACACACACACACACACACACACACACACACACACACACACCAUCUUUUCUCAGUGGAUUUAAAAACCUGAACCAGGAUCACGGCGUGGAGCAGCUGCUAUGUGACCUCUCUGGACUUCCUGAGCUCUUGGUUUGGGGGUGGUCUCCUCGUCCUCUGGGACAGAUCUUACCAGCACACGUCUUCGUUCCUCAGCUUGUCCUCGAGUCAUGGUGUGUUUUUUUUAAAGCAGGUGUUUGAGUGUUUCUAAGAGGAAAACCCGACCCUGAACCGCAUUCAGGUCCCGACUCAGUGAAUGCUUUGAUCUCCAGGUACCUCAGCGAUGACUUUCAUUAUUGCGCUCAUUUUUUAAACCUUUUUUUGUGCAUUUUUUCAUCUGCUGUCUUCUUCUUCUUCUACUCCUCCAAAUCUGGACUUUUCUACCUGCUAGCUUUGCAUCAGCUAGCAACCAGCUACCGUUAGCGUCAGCCUCCGGCCGGGACGUUUUUUUAACUUGGAUGCUGCAAACCGUGUCGGGACACGAUGACUGUUACGCGCCGACAGCAAAACCUUCAGACUUUCUUUUCUACCUUGGACUCUUUGUUUUCGAGGAUCCUCCUGAGACCACACGCUACUACUCACACACCACAAACCUUCGGAUCCAACGGGUUGCAUCCAUACAGAUACGAAACAGGAAGUGAGGUCAGAGGUGGGGACGGGAGACAGGAGACGGGACGGUGUGAGUUUGAAGGUUUCUCCUCUCUCUCUGACGGUAGUUCAGGAACCAGCAGGAGAACGUUGCGCACGCAGAGAUUUGAUUGGCCGUCUGCGCUCAACCUCAGCAUUUUGGUUGGCUCGGGAAUAAAACUUCUCAGGUAACCAGGUCUACAGGGGCUGGAGGGGGUCUGGGGAGGGGAUUCGAUGAGCCCCCGUGUCGGCCACAGGUUUCCACAUGUUCGAAUCUGAGAGGGGCGGGGCCACUGGCGUAUGGGAGGGGCUUCUCUGAGGGUGCUUAAAGCCUAUUGGCUAUCCUGAACAUGUAAAUUUUGCAAGGUGCCCAAACAAGGGGGAACACAGGUUACCCUUCAAACGGUGCAAGACCUCGAUGCAUAGAGCGGUUUAUGCUUUCAGGUCGGUGUGAGUGUGUGUGAGAGUGAGUGUGUGUGUGUGUGAGUGUGUGUGAGAGUGAGUGUGUGUGAGAGUGAGUGUGUGUGAGAGUGAGUGUGUGAGAGUGUGUGUGAUAAAAUGUGAACAGUCACACGCUGUGGCUCAUGUUUCUUUUUGAAGUCUGUGCUGAUUGUUCACGGUUUCAGUCUGGUUGUUUAAGAGGAGGUAAAUGACGGAGCUGUGACCUUUGACCUCCACCAGGCCGUGACCUUUGACCUCCACCAGGCCGUGACCUUUGACCUCCACCACGCUGUGACCUUUAAACACCUCCACAGAUCUCCAACAGGUCUCUGAAGCUGCAGCUCAGAUUUGAGCUUUUGAAAUCUCUCGUUCGGCUCUGUUACAGUGAGAGCACGCAGAGGUCAGAGGUCAGAGGUCAGAGGUCACACGCCCCCCUCCUCAUUUACCUCUCGUACUGUCGCUCUCUUGUUUUUCUUUCAACCAGGACCAAACCACGAGUCCAGCUCAGAAACUCAUCUUUGUAAAGUGUGCCGCUCCGAACAAUAAGCCGUGAAGAACGGAGCGAUGUGUGUUUUUAAAGUACGUCAGUUUGUUGUUUUGUUCCUCUGUGAUGCCAUACGUGUUAACAGUGAAUGUCUCUGAUGCUGCUGCUGCUGCUGACCGUGAUGAUGAUGAUGAUGAUGAUGAUGAUGAUGAUGAUGAUGAUGAUGAUGAUGAUGAUUCAAAGAUUUCUGUAUAUUCCUUUCUUAAUGUUCAUUUGACUUCCGGUGCAUUGAACACAUGCAACUCUCUGUCUCUGUACGAAGUCAGUGAAGCCCGGCGAGGCGUUCGAGGAGCGUAGGGCGUUCCGGCUGCAGGAAUGGAUAGAGAUAAAGGAUUAGAAAAAAAGAAAGAAAGACAAAAAAAAAAAAAACUCAAUACUGCUCAUAAACCACAGAUCACCUCAAACACCAGAAAUACCUCAGAAGACUUUUCUACGUGUUCUGUUUCUAUGUUCUUCGUUUCUUUGGCGACUUGUAGUCACAUGAUAUUUUUGAUUCUGUUUUUAUUUCACUUUUAUUUUUUACAUAAAUCUACAAACUGAUUGAAGAUAAAAGCUCCCAGGUUACAGCGAGACUCGAAUCCUCCGUGUUGUAAAUAGUGAAUAAAGUGUUUUUUUUAGACUGAAUUGAACUGCCGAUUUCAUAAAAGCACCUGGACUGA